AUAAAUUGGGACUGAGAGGGUAUAAUUUUAUAAAAUACUAAAAACAAUUUAAAGUAAAUUCAUAAUAAUAUGAUUUAGCUUUGCUUCAUGUGUAAAUUUACCUAUGAAAAGAAAAUUAAAACAGCAAAAACAGGAAAUAAUGACAUAGAAGGUUUUAAAAGACAAAAAAAUGACCAUUUUGAAACUUUACAAAAAAAUUGACCCCUGCCUCCUCUCAAUCGAGAUCUACGCCAGUGAAUUGGAGUUGCAAGGUCUCCAUCGCAGGUCUCAUCUAUCGUCCAUCAUCACCUCACAGCCGCAGCCUGCCCCUCUAGCGGCCGCCGUCUGCCUCCGCUGCUCAGCUCCUCCAGUCGUCGUCGCCCUCCACCGGUCUUCAAUUCGUUGUCGAUACGCCAAUCCAGAGUCCGCCAUUAAUGGUGUGGGGAGCUUUGCUUGGUCAACUGACUGGUUUGGAGCUUCUUCUCGGAUGAAAUCCAAACUCCGUCUUUUUAAACAUACCUUGAAUUUCUCAUUUGAGAAGAAGAAUUUAAAAUCUCAACCAAUGAUUGAUUGAACCAGAGAUGAUUAUCACCAUUAAUGGCAGUUGGGAGCUCCCAUGUAACUACGAAUGCGAUCCAGGCUUCUUCUACAGGAGAUUUUCGAGGCUGAAUAUCUCGUAUAAACAAGGGUGAUUAAAUGUGUUCAACAUCUUGAUGUUGGUCCGUGAGCAUAUACAACAUUGUGGUAUCAACACGAGAAUUCCACUGUCAAAGCUCAGUCUUGAGAUUGACUACGAUGGACU